AUGUUGCUGCAACCGUUGGUGAUGCAUUUAAGCCAAUUGCUUCGGCUCUUAGUUGUUCCACACUUUUCUGGAUUUUCAUCAAUAUUGAUUGUCUUCAACAAUUCCGGAUCCACGACUCCUCUUCAACUGGAUUAUUUAAGUGCUUUGGAAUCGGUUCUUCGAGACUUAAGUCAGCCCAUUAGGCUUCAAUGGAUUAAUGUGGCUUUAUUAAAGGAUGUGGAAGCCCUGGAGGAUCAAGUUAUGGGAGCUCUAAAUAGCAGCGUUACAGAAGGAUUUAUUACCAUUUUGUCAAAGACAAACCUUUUUCUUCACGCCCGCUAUUUUGCCACUCGGAAUGCCAAUGUGCGUCUCAAGGAUAAGCGAUACUUGUUUCUGUGCGAGGACGAAAGCCCCGCGGAAUUGCUGGCCAUGGAAAUACUGCAGUUUUAUCCCCACCAUCUGAUGGUGCGACCUGGAACCGAGUCUCUGCCAGGAGCAGGACCAAAAAAAGGACCCCAACCAAAACCUAAGCGCAAAGAGGGCGCAUCGGUAAACAUGGGAAACAAGGGUGAUGGUGUGGCCCGAGGACAAGGUACAGGGACAACAACCACUUCGCCCCACCGCGACAUCAAUUUCGAGCUGUGGACACAAAAGUUUGUCGGUGCCUUUGGUAAUUUGGAUGCCCUGCUCCUGGACGCAUUCUUGCCGAACGAAACUUUUGCCAACCGGGUCGAACUUUAUCCCAACAAGCUGCUCAAUCUGCAGCGCCGCAGCCUGCUCGUUGGCUCCAUUACUUAUGUCCCAUAUACGAUUACUAAUUAUGUGGCCCCUGGCAAGGGCGAUGUAGAUCCCAUCCAUCCGCAAAAGACCAAACUUUCGGUUACUUUUGACGGCGCCGAGGCCAAUGUGAUGAAGACCUUCUGCCAGGUGCACAAUUGUCACCUGAGAGUGGAGGCCUAUGGCGCUGAUAACUGGGGUGGAAUCUACGAUAAUGAAUCGAGCGAUGGAAUGCUUGGGGACAUCUAUGAGCAGCGUGUGGAGAUGGCCAUUGGCUGCAUCUACAAUUGGUAUGAUGGAAUCACGGAGACCUCCCAUACCAUAGCUCGAUCUUCAGUAACCAUACUGGGUCCUGCCCCAGCUCCCUUACCAAGUUGGCGCACCAAUAUUAUGCCCUUCAAUGACCUCACUUGGCUGAUGCUGAUGUCAACCUUAGUGAUUUGCGGUACCUUUCUGUACUUUAUGAAAUACAUCAGUUAUUGUUUGGGGUUUUCUUCCAAAGAGUUGAAAUUUCAUCAUGGCAGAAAACUUGAGAAAUCCAUGUUGGACAUUUUUGCUCUUUUUAUACAGCAGCCAUCUGCUCCCCUAAGCUUUGACAGAUUUGCACCUCGCUUUUUCCUGGCCACUCUUUUGUGUGCCACAAUCACUCUGGAAAAUAUUUACAGUGGCCAGCUUAAGUCUAUGCUAACGUUCCCCUUCUUCUCCGCUCCAGUGGAUACGAUCGAAAAGUGGGCACAGUCGGAUUGGAAAUGGGCAGCUCCCUCCAUUAUUUGGGUGCACACGAUCCAGAGUACAGAUCUGGAGACGGAACAAAUUCUGGCCAGAAACUUUGAGGUGCAUGACUAUAGCUACUUGUCCAACGUCAGUUUUAUGCCAAACUAUGGAUUUGGUAUUGAAAGAUUGUCUUCGGGUUCCCUUUCUGUUGGCGACUAUGUGUCAACAGAGGCUCUGGAAAAUCGAAUUGUCUUGCAUGAUGAUUUGUAUUUUGAUUAUACGAGAGCUGUUUCGAUACGAGGUUGGAUCUUGAUGCCUGAGUUGAACAGACAUAUUCGGACGUGUCAGGAAACAGGUCUAUAUUACCACUGGGAAUUGGAGUUCAUUGAAAAGUAUAUGGACAAAAAGAAACAGGAAGUGCUGAUGGAUUUAGCAAAUGGGCACAAGGUCAAGGGAGCCCCACAGGCAUUGGAUGUAAAUAACAUAGCCGGGGCGCUGUUUGUUCUGGCCUUUGGCUUCACCUUCGCUUUAUGUGCCCUGGUGAUGGAAUUGCUGAUCCAUAGAAUGGAUAUAAGCAAAUAA